AUGAAUUCAAAAAGUGCACUUUAAAGUGCAAAACCUACAAACAUCAAGCAACUAUAAAUGCUAUAGUUGCUGGUAGAGAGAGUGUACAUCCCAUUAGAAUCAAAAGUAGAAUUGAGGACCACUCUCUAAAAAUUUACAAGCUAAAUCGAACAUUCAAGUCAAUAGGUACCCAUCUAAAUAACAAAUUCAGGUUUCAGGAACAAUUACAAUUGAAUUACCAGAUGUUGUCGAUUAAAUUGAUGAUGAAACUGCUCUUAAAAAUUAUGAACUUAUGGAGAAAUAUGAAGACUAUAUAGGAAAAUGGUCAUAAACAAUUAGACAGACUAUAUUAAAGGAGGCUAGUAGAAAAACUGAAAAGAAUUCUGCUUUGGCAGAUAUCAUGUUAUGGAGAUCAAGAUCAGCAAAUUUGAGUACUUUGUAUUAGCAACUUGUAACUGAAAUUCAUUGAUUUAUUAUAGUAAAACCCUAUUGUUGCUAAAGUGAGAUAGAGAUUGUAAACAUAUUUAGAAGACAAUUAAUCAUCUGUACUUGAAUUUAAUGGUUAAUUUGCAGAAUUGACAAAAGCAUAGGCUGAAGCUAAAGAUAAUGUUAAAUUUCUAACAACACUUGAAAGAUAAUUUAAAAAUCUUGAUUAAGAUGGAUUGAAUGGAAUCAAAGAAACAUUACCAUCUCUAAUGAAUGGACUUAAAAUGGUUUGGAUUAUUUCUAGACAUUAUAAAGAAGGAGAUAAAAUGUAGAAUCUAUUACAAUUGAUUUCAGAAGAAAUAGCUGAUAAAGUAGAAUCUUAAAUUAAAAUACCAUAAUUAUUUACUCUUAGAGAUGAUUUACCUUAUGAAUAAUAAUUAGAAACUAGCAUCAAUCUAAUAAUGCAAGGUUCUGAAAUUCUCAAAUCAUGGAAAGAUCUUUAUCAUAAGACUAAAUUAGCAAUUGAAGAAGAAAAUCUUGAUCGUUGGGAUUUUACUGUCAGAACUAUUCAAGAAAGAAUUGAGUAUAUGGCUAAUAGAUUAGAUGAAUUAAGGAAAGUAAUAGACACUGUUAGAAAAUUCUUAGUAUUUUUGGGUCCAAAUUUAAAGAAAGUCACAGGAAAUGCUUAAGAAAUAGAUAAAAGAAUUGAGGAUGUUAAAUAAUUGAUUACUCCUAUUGUUAAUAGUCCUUACAAUUUCUUUUAAAAGGGCAAUGCUGGUUAAUGGAAAACUAUUUAUUAAAAAUUUUAAGAGAAUCAAAAAUCAAUUGUUGGAAAAACAAUUGAAUUAAUAGAUGAAACAUUUAAAUCCUUAAGAUCAGCAGAAGGAGCUUUUGAUUUAUUAUAAAAUUUUAAAAGUAUUGAUACAUUAGAAGAUAUCAGUACAACUUUAUAGAAAAAAUAUUAGGAAGUGUUAGUCUAAUAUAGAAAUGAAUUAAAACAAAAUCAAGGCUUAUUUGAAAAAGGAUAGUAAACAACUGAUGUAUCAUUGAUAUCAUCAAAAAAUCGUCCUCCUGUGGCAGGAUCAAUAAGUUGGGCAAGAUCGAUAUUUUAUAGAGUUAAAAGACCUGUUCUUAAAUUUAUAACAAGAGAAGAAACUUUUAUUGAAAAGAAAGAGGGAUAAGAUAAAUAAGAAAAUAAAGAGAGUAAGAAUCCUAAAGAUUUGGGAUCAUAUUAUAAUGAAGCAAAAAAUGAAUACAGAACAUUGGCUAAGAAAUUAGAUUAAUUUUAAAAGGAAAAGUUUGAAAGUUGGGAAAAAUCAAUCACUGAAAAAGCAUUGCAAUAUCAAAAAAAUAGGAUUUUAACAAAACAUGAAUAACCUAAGGAAGAAGGAAGUUGGAAUCGUCGUUAUACAGUGUUCUUUUAGGAUGAAUUUAAGACUUUAAUAAAGGAAACAAAAUAAUUAGAAAAAAUGGGAUAUAAGAUCAAUUAAACAACUAUUAAUAUUUCAAAAUUAGAGAAAGAAUUCUAUGGUUAUAUUGAUAGAUUGUAGAUUAUGUUAAGAGAAUAUGAUGAAGCUGUUCAUACUUUAUAGCCAAUAGAAAAAGAAUUGUUGAAAGAAAAGAUCAUGAAAUUAAAUAGAGCCUUGGAACCUGGACAUGAAUUUUUGAAUUUGGCAUCUUUGGGAAUUCCAGAUUAUAUUGAUAAUUGCCUUAAAGCAAUUAAUGAAUUUAGGGAUAUUAAGAAAAAAGUGAGAAAAUCUACAGGAAUGAUUGAAGAUAUAGUAAAAUCAAUUGAAGAAGCUUAAAUUUUAAGAGAGUAUGAUUUUGAAACAAGAAAAGAAAAUGCAUCUUUACCUUAGUUGAAUGAAUUCUAAAAUUAUUUUGAAGAACAUCUUAAUAAAACUAUAGAGGAAUUAGUAGAGAAAUAUAAAUUAGUAGGGGAUAAUUUCUUAAGAAAUAUUGAGGAAUCAAUAUUCAAUAGUUCAUCAAAAGGUGAACCAAGAAUGAGAGAAUAUUAUUACUAUUGGGAAAGAAGAAUAUAUAAUGCUUUAGUUAAAAUGACUUUAAGAGGUUUUUUAACUUUUAAAAAUUUAUUAUAACAACCAAGUGGAAAAUAAGUGCCAUUAUUUUAAAUUACUGCAGAGUAUAAUCAUCCUUAAUUAAAUACUAUUCCUCCAAUUCCUGAGGUCACAACUGUUUUAGAAAAGAUUUCAACAAGUAUUAAGGAAGCUUCUUAGGGAUUUUGGAGAUGGAUGGAUGGAUAUUGUAUUUUCUGUGAAAAGAAGUAGAGUCGUAGUGCAAAUGAAGAAAUAUAAUAUCAUACAUUCUAUAGCUAAAUAAUAAGAAAUCCAAUAAUUACUAGAAUUGCUAUGUAAAUUGGUAUUAUAAGAGAGAAGGCUAGUGAUAAAGUUAAUAAUUUUAAGGAGAUGUGGGAAGAUGAUAAAAAGAAGCCUUUAUGGGAUUAAAAGGCUAAGCAUGCAGUUGAGAAAAUAAUAGAUAAAAAUCCAACAACUUUAUCUUUAGAAAUUAUGAUGAGCAAGUAUAAGGGUUUGAUUUAAGAUUUUGAAGAGUAUCCUAGAGAGAGAAAAGCCUUUUUUAUUUCUGAAUAUUUUGGAAAUGUCAUUGAGGGCUUUAAGGCUCAAGCUAAAGAUUGGAUGGAUAAACAUGGAAUAGUGUUAAAGACUUUGGGAUUGAGAGAAUUAGAAGCAAUUAAGAAAGAGAUUGAUGAUUAUAGAGAAUAAUUAAUGGUAUAACCAAAGGAUAUUGAAGACUUGAAGAAACUAUUGAAUUUGAUUUAAGAAAUAAAGAAUAUGACUAUGAAUAUGGAAUUUAAAAUGGGUGAUGUAACAGAAAGGUUUAGAACCUUAAAAAUGUAUUAAUAAAAUGUAGAAUAAGAGAAAUUAGAAGAAGCUUUUUCUUUGAAUGAUAGAUGGAAUGAAUUAGUUAAUCAUGCAAAGAAGAAGGAUUCAAAAUUAGUUGAAAAGAAAAAGGAAUUUGCUGAAGUUACAAAAAAGGAAGUAGAAUAAUUUAAGGAAAAUAUUAAAUUACUUUAUAAAGACUUUAAAGCUGGUGGUCCAGGUGCUGAGAGUACUUCUUUGGAUAAGGGUUUGGAAUCUCUAUAAGAAUAUAAGACUGUAGUAUCUGAGUUGAAUGCUAGAAGAGAAGAAUUAGUUAAGGCAGAAAAACUAUUCAAUUUACCAAUAUCUUCAUUUCCUGAAUUGGUUGCUAUAGAAGAAGAAAAUAAAGUGUUAUCUGUUUUAUAUGAUUGUUAUAGAACAGUUAAAAAUUAGAUUUAAGAAUGGUCAGUUAUGCUUUGGGUAAAGUUGGAUGCUGAUUUACUAAAAAAUGGUGCUGAUAACUUUGAUAAGUAAAAGAAGAAAUUAGCAAAAUAAUAUGAAAAGAAUACAGUUUAUGAGAAAUUGGCAAAGAAAAUCACUGAUUUUAGGGAUUCAAUUCCAUUAAUAUAAUAAUUAAAGAGUGGAGCAAUAACAGAUAGACAUUGGGAGAAAUUGAUGAAAGAAACAGGAGUUAAAUUUGAAACUUCAAUUAAAAGUAUGACAUUAGAAUAAGUGUUUGCUUUAAAUUUGGCAAGAUUUCCAGAAAAGGUUACUGAAAUAUGUACAGAAGCUAAUUAAGAACAUAAGAAUGAAGAAGAAAUCAGUAAAAUUGAAUAAGCUUGGAAAACAGCAAGUUUUAUAAUUGAUAAAGAUAAAAAAGGAUUUUAAGUAAUAAAAACAGUUGAUGAAAUUAAAUAAUUGUUAGAAGAUUAAUUAGCUAAUUUAUAAACAGUUUCUAGUAGUAAGUAUGUUGCAGCUUUCAUUUCACGUAUCAGACAUUGGGAAUAAGCAUUAAAUAGAAUAAGUGAAGUGAUAGAUGUUUGGUUGUAAGUUUAAAAGAAAUGGUAAGAUUUAGAGGGUAUAUUUAUGGGUUCUGAAGAUAUUAGAUAAUAAUUAAGAGAAGAUUCAAAGAAAUUUGAUUAAAAUGAUAAAGCCUAUAAAAAGAUCAUGGAAUCAACUGCUAAAAAUCCAAAUAUUUAUGCUAGUUGUGUUGUUAAUGAUGGAAGACUUAGUGAAUUGAAAGCUUUGUCUGAUUAAUUAGAUAAAAGAUAGAAAUCCUUAUCAGAUUAUUUAGAUACUAAGAGAAAUGUAUUCCCAAGAUUUUAUUUCUUAUCAGAUGAUGAUCUUUUAUCAAUAUUGGGAUCUAGUGAUGUUUCAGCUGUUUAGCCACAUACAUUGAAAUUAUUUGAUAAUUGUAGAGAAAUGUUAUUAUCCAGAAAUAAAAUGGUUAUUGGUAUGGCAUCUGAUGAAUCAGAAGAGUUUUCUUAUAAAGAACCAUAGAAAACCGAUGGUCCAGUUGAAUUAUGGAUGACAAGAGUUGAUGAAGAAAUGCAAUCAACACUUAAGAAAAUGACAAAAGAAGCUACAUUCCAUUAUGCAAAUAAAGAGAGAGUACCUUGGAUUCUAAAUCAAAUUGGUAUGAUAUCCAUAGCAGGCACAUAAGUUUGGUGGACUUGGAGAGUAGAAGAUGUAUUUAGAAAAGUUAAGGAAGGUAAUAAAUAUGCAAUGAAAGAUGAAUUAAAAAAAUAAACAAAAGAUUUAGAUGAUUUAAUUGAUUUAGUAAGAACAGAUCUUAAAAUGAUUGAUCGUAUUAAAAUUAAUACUUUAAUUAUUGUUGAUGUACAUGCUAGAGAUAUUGUUGAUUUCUUUGUUAAAGAUUCAAUAUUAGAUGCUAAAGAAUUUGAAUGGGAAUCUUAAUUAAGAUUUUAUUGGGUAUUGGAAGAUAAUGAUAUAAGAAUUAGAUAAUGUACAGGUACUUUUACAUAUGGAUAUGAAUAUCAAGGAUUGAAUGGAAGAUUAGUUAUUACUCCAUUAACAGAUAGAUGUGUUAUGACAUUGACAACUGCAUUAACAUUUAAAUUAGGAGGAGCACCUGCUGGACCUGCAGGUACUGGUAAAACUGAAACAGUUAAAGAUCUUGCAAAAUCUUUGGCUAUAAGAUGUUGUGUAACAAAUUGUGGUGAAGGUUUAGAUUACAAAGCUAUGGGUGUUAUCUUUAGUGGUUUAGUAUAAACAGGAUUUUGGGGAUGUUUUGAUGAAUUUAAUAGAAUUACAGCUGAAGUUUUGAGUGUCGUGAGUGUUUAAAUCAAAACAAUACAAUAAGCUUUAGUGUAAGAAAAAAAGACAAUAGAAUUAUUGAAGAAAGAAGUGCAAGUUAAAACAACAGUUGGAAUAUUCGUAACAAUGAAUCCAGGUUAUGCUGGUAGAACUGAAUUACCUGACAAUUUAAAAGCUCUUUUUAGACCAGUUGUUAUGGUUGUACCUGAUUCUAAUAUUAUUUGUGAGAUUAUGUUGAUGAGUUAGGGAUUCAAUUCAGCCAGAGUUUUAGCUAAAAAGAUGACAGUUUUAUAUAAAUUGGGUAGUGAAUAAUUGAGUAAACAAUAUCAUUAUGAUUUUGGUUUGAGAGCCUUAAAGAGUGUGUUAGUUAUGGCAGGUUCUCUUAAAAGAGAGGCAGCUGAUCUACCUGAAGAUACUGUACUAAUGAGAGCACUUAGAGACAUGAAUAUGCCUAAAUUCAUAUUUGAAGAUGUUCCAUUAUUUUAAGGAUUGAUUACUGAUUUAUUCCCUAAAAUUGAUGUUAAGAGAAAACCAUAUGAAAAGAAAGAUAAAAUCUAAGAGAUUGUUGAACAAUUAGGAUAUCGACCUUUAGAUGAUUAAAUUGAUAAAGUUGUUUAAUUAUUUGAAACUAUGUUGACUAGACAUACAACAAUGGUUGUAGGACCAACUGGAUCAGGAAAGUCAGCUGUUAUAGAAAUCUUAAAAAGAGUAGAAAGUGCUACCUAUUAUUGUAUUAAUCCUAAAUCUAUAACUGUUAAUGAAUUAUAUGGUGUAAUGGAAAUGACAACUAGAGAAUGGAAAGAUGGAAUAUUAAGUAAGGUUUUCCGUAUUGCAAAUGAAAAACCAUCUGGUUAAUAAGAAGUGCAUUAAAGAUGGAUUUUAUUAGAUGGUGAUGUUGAUGCUGUUUGGGUUGAAAAUAUGAACUCUGUUAUGGAUGAUAACAAAUUAUUAACUCUUAUUAAUGGUGAUCGUAUACGUCUAGAGAGAUUUUGUAAAUUACUAUUUGAAGUAUUUGAUCUUUAAUAUGCUUCACCUGCUACUAUUAGUAGAUGUGGUAUGGUUUAUGUAGAUCCAAAAAAUUUAGGAUUUAAACCAUUUUAUGAUAAAUGGUUGUCAAAAUGGUAAAAGAAAGGAGAUAAAGCAGAAGGUCUGAAAUAAAACUUAGAAGAAUUUUAUUCUAAGUACAUACCUCCAUUAAUGAAUCUUAUUUUUGAAGGUAUUGAUGGAGAAGAACAAGGACAUGUAUUAGAAUUUUCUAUACCAAGAACCAAUUUAAAUUGCAUAACUUAAUUGACUAAAAUGUUAGACACAAUUAUUAAUGAAGAAGAUCCUUAAUUUGAAUAAGAAAAUCUGGAAUUAGCUUAUAUCUUUGCAAUAGUUUGGUCACUUGGUGCUUGCUUAAAAUUUGAAGCUCGUAAGAAAUUCGAAGAAGUAUUAAGAAGAGUUGCAUAAAGACAUAUUCCACCUGGUUCAUUGUUUGAUCUUUUCUUUGAUUAUACUUUAGAUAAUAAAGCUUGGGUUGCUUGGGAAAAGAAAGUGACAGAAUAUUAACCACCAGCUGAUGGAAAGUUCUCUAAAAUCCUAGUUCCAACUGUAGAUACUAAAAGAUUUUCAUAUCUUUUAGGAUAAAAUAUCACUCAUAAAUAACCUUGUAUGUUUGUUGGAGAUAGUGGUACUGCCAAAUCAGUCAUUAUAUCAAAUUAUUUAAAUUCCUUACCAUCAGAAAAUUAUAUGAAAUUAAAUAUUAACUUUUCAUCAAGAACAAAAUCAAUAGAUGUUUAAACUGCAUUAGAUGAAAAUAUUGAUAAGAGAUCAGGUCGUAUUUUUGGACCAAAAAUUUCAGGUAAAAAAUUAAUCAUUUUUAUUGAUGAUAUCCAUAUGCCUAAAGUUGAUAUUUAUGGUACAUAAUAACCUAUAGCUUGGUUGAAAUUCUUGAUUGAAAAAGGAUUUUGUUAUGAAAGAGGUCAAAAUCUAGAUCAAAAAAUUAUUAAAGACACUUAAUUUGUUGCAGCUGUUUUACCACCAAAUGUUGGUGCUAAUCCACUUGAUCCAAGAUUCUUAAGUCUGUUUAAUUGUUAUCAAUUACUAUUUCCAUCAAAUGAAAACUUAGAGAGAAUUUAUAAUUCAAUUUUGAAGUCACAUUUAUAAGGAUUCCCAGAAGAAGUAUCAUCUACAGUUGCUAAAAUAACUUAAGCUACCUUACAAAUAUAUAGUGCUAUUGUAAUCUAAUUACCACGUACUCCAGUUAAAUUCCAUUACAUUUUCAACUUAAGAGAUUUAAGCAGAAUCUAUGAAGGAUUAUGUAGAAGUACACUUGACAAAUUCUAAACUAAAGAAUCUUUUAUAAGAUUAUGGAGAAAUGAAUUAACUCGUGUCUUUGUGGAUCGUCUAAUUAAUGAUUAAGAUAGAGAAUUAAUUAUUGUAGAUAAGAUUCCAAGUCUAAUUAGAGAACACUUUAGUGAUACAUUAGAAUAUGCAAUAUAGGAUCCUAUGCUUUUUGGUGAUUAUCUAACAGCUAAUCCACUUGAUCCAGAUGUAGUUGAUCCUAAAUUAUAUGAAGAUUGUGGAGGAUUUGAAAAAGUUGGUUAAAAAUUCAACUCUUUAUUAUAAGAUUACAAUGAAGAAGUAAAGGAAAUGAAUCUUGUAUUAUUUAAAGAUGCAUUAGAACACUUAACUAAAAUUCACAGAAUAAUAAGAUUCCCUUUAGGACAUGCUUUACUUGUUGGUUAUGGAGGUAGUGGUAAAUAAUCUUUGACUAGAUUAAGUGCAUUUACUGCUAGUUAUGAUAUUUUCUAAAUUACUUUAACAAGAGGAUAUAAAGAAAAAGAAUUUAGAGAGGACUUAAAGACAUUAUAUGAUCUUUUGACAUAGAAACCUACAAUUUUCUUGUUUACUGAUGCUCAUGUAUUAGAAGAAGGUUUCUUAGAAUUGAUUAAUAAUAUGCUUACUAUAGGAAUGGUACCAGCUCUUUUUGAUGAAGAUGGCAAAAAGAAAAUGAGUGAUAAGGUGAGAGAUGAAGCAAAAAGAAAAGGUAUUUUAGAAACCAAAGAUGAAUUGUGGAAUUAUUUCCUUGAAAAAAUUAGAGACAAUAUGCAUAUUGUUUUGUGUAUGAGUCCAGCUGGAGAUACUUUGAGAAUUAGAUGUCGUAAUUUCCCAGGCUUAGUUAGUAAUACUUAAAUUAAUUGGUUCUUCCCUUGGCCUGAAGAAGCUUUGGUAAGUGUGGCUACUGAGUAUUUAAAAGAUGAAAACUUAGAAGAUGAAACAUUCAGACCUAAGAUUAUUUAACAUAUAACCAAAGUUCAUGAGAGUAUCUAAAUGUUUUCAAGAGAUUUUGAAUUAUAAUUAAGAAGAAAAAAUUUUAGCACACCUAAAAACUAUUUAGAUUUCUUAUAAAAUUAUAAACGUUUAUUGGCUGUUAAUAGAAAGAAAUAUUAGGAACUUAUAGUGAGAUAUACAAAUGGUGUUUUAAAGUUGGAUGAAGCAUCUGAAUAAGUUAAGGUUUUGUAAGAGGAAUUAGAAAUUAAGAAAGUAGAAGUAACAAGUGAAAGUAAAGAAGUUGAGGAAUUGCUCAAAAUUAUUAAUGCCAAAAAAGAGAUAGCAACAAGGGAUAACGAAGAAGCUUCACAAAAGAAAAAACAAUUAGAGAAGGACAGUGUAGAAAUUAAUUAGAAACAAUUGGAAGCUGAUUAAAUUCUUAAAGAUGCCAUUCCCAUUUUAGAGGCUGCUAAGGAUGCUCUUAGUAAGAUUGAUUCAAAAGAAUUGGUUGAAUUGAAAGCAUUGAAUUCACCACCUAAACCAGUUGGUGCAGUUGCAUCUAUGUUACUUAUAUUCAAACCAAUAGAUGGUAUUGAAGGAGAUGGUUGGAAUGCUGCUAGAUAAAUGAUGAAUAAUCCAAUGAAAUUAUUGGAAUAAUUAUAGAAUUAUGGUAAUAAAAUUGGUAAGGUGACUAGAAAUUAGAUUGAAAAAAUUAGAAGUGCUAUGAAAGAUCCAGAAAAUCGUUUAGAUGAAAUUUCAAAGAUUUCAAAAGCUGCAGGUGGUCUAUAUACAUGGGUUUCAGCUACAGUUAAUUUUUAUGAUGUUUAUAAAAAAGUGGAACCACUUAAAUAACGUUUAGAGUAGAUGACCAAGUAGAAGGAGUUGACAGAAGAAGACUUAAGAAAUACUGCUAUAAAAUUGGCAGCUUUAUAAAAAGAAGUGUCUGAAUUAUAAGUUUAGAGUGAUCAAAAAGCUGCAAGAUUAGCUGAAUUGACAGCUUAAGCAUAGGAAAUGUAAAAGAAAUUGAAUGCUGCAAAGAAAUUGAUUGAAGGUUUAGGAGGUGAAAAGAAAAGAUGGACAGAAGACACUGGUAAAUUGGCUUAAAUGACAUUAUAAUUAAUUGGUGAUUGUUUAAUAGCCAGUUCUUUUCUAAGUUAUGUAGGACCAUUUGACUAUUCAUUUAGAAGAAAAAUGCUUUAUGAUCAUUGGAUCGUUGACAUUAAGGAAAAGGAAUUGCCAAUAAAUCCAGAAUUUAAAUUUGAGGAGCUAUUAAGCAGUGCAGUAGAAAUAUCUUAAUGGAAUUCUGAAGGAUUACCAUCUGAUGAAUUAUCAGUUUAAAAUGGUAUACUCACUACAAGAGCUUCAAGAUGGCCUUUAUGUAUUGAUCCACAACUAUAGGCAGUUAAUUGGAUCAAAAAAAGGGAAGAAAAAGACAUAGCUUUCAAAGUUUUGAAUUUGAAUGAAGGAGCAGGUGUAUUUUUGAAACCUUUAGAAAAUUGCAUCAGAUUUGGCAAACCAUUUUUAUUUGAAAAUGUAGAUGAAGAAUUAGAUCCAACUAUAGAUCCAAUUUUAGAAAAGAAUUUCAUAAUCAAGGCAGGCAUGAAGAGUAUCAAAUUGGGUGAAAAUAUUAUUGACUAUAAUGAUGAUUUUAGAUUGUAUUUCACAACCAAAUUAGCUAAUCCUAAAUAUACACCAGAGAUUAUGUCAAAGACUAUGGUUAUUAAUUAUACAGUCACAUUAACUGGAUUGAGAGAUUAAUUAUUAAAUGUAGUUGUUUCAUUCGAAAGACCAGAUAAAGAGAAAUAAAGAUUAGAACUCAUUUAGAGUAUGAGUGAAAAUAAGAAAAAGUUGAAAGAAGCAGAAGAUGAUUUAUUAUAAAGAUUGUCAGAAGCAUAAGGUUCGUUGUUAGAUAAUGUGUAGUUGAUAAAUACAUUAGAUUAAACAAAAGCAAAAUCAGAAGAGAUUUAAUAAGCAAUUAAUGAUGGAUAAAUUACAAGUUAAGAAAUUGAAUAAGCAAGAUAAAGUUAUACAACAGUAGCUAAAAGAGGAGCUAUAUUAUUCUUUGCAAUGAGUUCAUUAAGUUCAAUUUCUGAAAUGUAUGAAUACUCAUUAAGUGCAUAUUUAUAAGUAUUCAAUCAAUCUUUAAGAGAUGCUAGAAAAGAUACUAUCUUAGAAUCAAGAUUGAGAAAUAUUAUUGAUAAAUUAACAAGUAAUGUUUAUGAUUAUACUUGUUUGGGUAUAUUUGAAAUUCAUAAAUUGAUGUUUGCCUUCUAAAUGACAAUAAUGAUAUAAGAUGGUGAAAAAUUAUUAAAUCAUGAGGAAUUAGAUUUCUUCUUGAAAGGAAAUACUUCUCUUGAAUAAGUUUAGAGGUAGAAACCUUAUGAAUGGGUACCCGAUUCAGGUUGGAAAGAUAUUAUGAGAUUAAUGUAAUUGGCUGAUAACUAUAGAUUAUUAGCAGAUGAUUUAGAAAAGCAUGGUAAAGAAUGGAAGAAAUGGUAUGAUCAUGAAAGACCAGAAUUAGAAACAUUACCUGAAGGAUAUACUAAAUUAAAUUCAUUCUAAAUCUUAUUAUUAUUAAGAGUCUUCAGACCUGAUCGUGUAAUUAAUGGAGUCAAAAAAUAUAUUCAAGAUAUUUAUGGAAAUUCCAAUUAUGUACAACCACCAAUUAUUAAUUAUGAAAAAAUAUUCGAUUAAUCCAAUGAAAAAUCACCUAUUGUAUUUAUUCUCUCACCAGGAGCUGAUCCAUUACCAGAUGUUAUAAAGUUGGGUGACUCAAAAGGAUUCACAGGAGCUAAAUUCAGAAAUCUAUCUCUUGGAUAAGGUAGUGAAUAAGAAGCAUCAUAAUUUGUUGAAGCUGCCUCAUAAAGAGGACAUUGGUUAAUGUUAGCCAAUUGUCAUUUAUUAACAGGAUGGUUGAAGAGUUAUUUAGAAAAGACUUUGGAAUUAAUGCAAAAACCGCAUAAAGAUUUUAGAUUAUGGUUAACAACAUAACCUACAGACAGAUUUCCUUUGGGUAUUUUACAAAAGUCACUUAAAGUAGUCACAGAACCACCUGAUGGAUUGAAAUUAAAUAUGAAAGCUAUCAUGAGUAAAAUAGAUGAAAAUUCAUUGAAUUCUUGUCCUCAUGUAGCUUAUAAAACAUUAGUUUAUGUAGUUUCUUUCUUCCAUUCAAUUAUUUUAGAUAGAAGAAAGUAUGGUAAAAUUGGAUGGAAUGUAAGUUAUGAUUUUAAUGAAUCAGAUUUCAAUAUUAGUAGUAGUUUAUUAUCAAUGUAUUUGAGAAAGGCUUAUGAUGCUAAAGAUGAAACUAUCCCUUGGAAUUCACUUAAAUAUCUUAUUGGAGAAGCUAUGUAUGGAGGUAGAGUGACAGAUUCAUAUGAUAGAAGAGUAUUGAUUACAUAUUUAGAUGAAUACAUGGGAGAUUUCCUCUUUGAUAAAAAUAGAGAAUUCCUCUUUGCUUAAAGUGAAGAUUUUAAAUAUGAAAUACCUAAAAUACUUAAUCAUGAAGGAUUCCAAACAAUGAUUGAUCAUUUACCUCUUAUCAAUUCUCCAGUUGUCUUUGGUUUACAUCCAAAUGCAGAAAUCACUUAUUUCACAAAUAGUGCAAAGUCUAUUUGGGAUAAUCUAUUAUAAUUAAGAGCAUCUGGAGGUGCAGUUUCAGGAGGUAUAGACAAAGAUAAAUAUGUUAAUGAUGUGAGUGAAGAUGUCUUAUCUAAAUUACCUGCCAUUUGGGAUGUCAUUGCUUUAAGAAAAGAAGCAGGAGAAAUCAUAUCUCCAACAUAAGUUGUCUUGUUCUAAGAACUUGAAAGAUUCAACAAAUUAAUAAUAAAAAUAAAUGAAUCACUUUUUAAUCUUAAACGUGCAUUAAAAGGUGAGAUUGGUAUGAGUAGUGAUCUAGAUGAGUUAUCAUUAGCCUUAUAUAAUGGAUUCUUACCUGGUAUGUGGAGAAGACUUGCACCAUAAACAGAAAAGAAACUCGGAUCUUGGAUGAAUCAUUUCAAGAGAAGAGUUUUAUAAUAUACAAAUUGGGCAAGCAAAGAAGAGCCUUAUGUUAUGUGGUUAUCUGGUCUUCAUAUUCCAGAAAGUUAUCUCACUGCUUUGAUUCAAACUACAUGCAGAGCUAAAACUUGGGCUCUAGAUAAAAGUAGACUAUAUACUUAAGUAACCAAGAAAUUCAAGGCUAAAGAUAUCAAUCAAAGAAUGGAAUUUGGAUGCUAUAUAGAAGGUUUAUACUUGGAAGGAGCAAGAUGGGAUGUUGAGAAUAAUUGUCUUAAAAAAUAGAAUCCCAAAGAAUUAAUUUAUGAGAUGCCUCUAAUUCAAGUUAUCCCUGUUGAAGCAAAUAAAUUAAAAUUGAAAGGUAAUUUAUUAAUUUUAUACUUUCUAGAUACUUUAGCUACACCAGUAUAUGUUACUUAAUCAAGACGUAAUGCUAUGGGAGUAGGACUUGUUUUUGAAGCUGAUUUGAGAACUCAAGAACAUACUAGUCAUUGGAUUCUUUAGGGAGUAGCGAUGACAUUAAAUGUUGAUUAUUGAA